UUUUUUUUUUUUUUUAUAAAAAGUUUCAUUCGUUUUUAAUGUCUGGGAUUGGAAAGACCUUCAAGUCUGGGGGCUUUCUACUGCUGCUUUGUGUGUGUGUGUGUGUGUGUGUGUGUGUCUGUCUCAUGAAGCUGCUUGCAUGUCUAAGAGGAAGUGACUAGUUUGGCAGAGAGCUGUGAUCUGAGUCAGGUAAGCCAUGUCAUGUUCAGUAGCUCCACCAGAAAAUGGAGGAGAGAGAGAGCAAGCUUCCAGUAGACAAAGCUGAGAUAGGAAGUGCUCAAAACAUUAUGGAUGCCUCUCCAUUUUUUGUGUGUGAAGCUUUGCUGGCAAUGGCUGGCUUGCUCAUGGCAUUUUUUUCCUCCCAAAGGUUUCUUCAGUUUUGCACUGUGCAAGAUUGUUGAUGGCUCUCCAUUCUCUUAGGAAAUGGAGGAGUGGAGGAAAUGUCUUAGAUCCUUCUCCACAUAGAAGAGCAUGUCCUAAGGGGUUUCUUUCUCCAAUUUUCAUGUUGAGGUCAAUGCUUUAGACUUUUCUCCCUCUGAGUAACCUUCAUAGGAAUUAAGGUGUUGAUGAGUUGACCAGAUGCAUCAUUUUUCUUUCAUAUUUUGAGGCAAGUUUCCAUAGCUGGAAGCUGCUCGGGUUCUUCUGCAGAACACCAUGAAACAUCAGCCUCAAAGGUGAUCCUGGUAGCCUUAUUUUUAGGGUAUUUUCUCUUCUGCUGCCCCAGAACAUUCCUUCUGGAUGCAUUUUAAAUUACAGUGGAACAUUUUCCCCAGCUAACUUGGUUGCAUGCUUACAAUACUGGAAAGCUUUUAGAGGUGCCCUGGGGCUGCCUGCUAAUAGAAGGUUCUUAAGAUACCAUAAAUGAUGAGGGUUUUCUCCCCUCGCAUUUUUAACCCUCGAAAUAUUUUUCAUGUUCUUCAGUGACCCAGACAAUUUAUUUCUGAAACUUUUAAUGUCAUUAUGGAAACCUAAGAACUUUAAAAUAUGAUGGCAGCUGAACAGAAGGCUUUUCUCCCCCCCGCUGCCUUUUUAUUUGGAAGAGUUUAGGCAAGUCUCAAAGCCAGGAGGACCCAUCACACUUUGCUAAUCUGUUGUUACAAGUAUAUACUUUCUCAAAUAAUAACCCAAAAUGAAGUGCUGCAAUGCUUCAGGAUUCCAAAAGGACCAUUACCAUACUGGUUGAAGAAUGGGUCAGCAGAGAGGUGUAAGCCAUGUGCUUUCAUACAUGGUGUUUAAAGUAUUUGGGAGAACUCAAGAAUGGAAGUAUGGUGUAGGAAAUAUCUGAGUGAGAUGAGUCUUAGGAUACCAAGUGAAUGGAUGUUAGCCAUUAGCAGCUAACACAAGUGUGCCUGUGCAAAGGUAGAAAGACUUGUAAGAUGGUGGUUGGAGUAGAACUUGAUGAUUCCAGCUGCCACAAGAUUAAAAGCAAUAUACUUGAUCUGUUUUCAUUUCUGGAAAAAAAAAGUGGGUGUGUGUGUCUGUGUGUAUAUCUGCAUGUGUGUAUGUAACACUGAACAGUCAAACCCUUGAAUGUACACUUUUCAAGGGAUUGUGUGGUUCUAGAAUGGUGGUUGCAAAUUGGUCUCAUUCAAUUGCUUGAAAUAUCAUGAUCAGCUUUGAAACAGAACACAUGUGGGAUGGACCUUGGCACUUUUAACUUUAGAUAUAUUCAAGCUUACACAGCCACUGCAUGAAAGAGAAGGAGUCUUCAUCUGCUGUCUGAUCAAAGAAUUCUCUAAUGUGAAAGAUCAUCCCAGAACCAUGGAGGUGCUGCAGUGUGACGGCUGCGAUUUUCGAGCUCCCUCCUAUGAAGACCUGAAAGCCCACAUUCAGGAUGUUCACACUGCUUUUUUGCAGCCCACGGAUGUUUCUGAGGAAAGCCCUAGCCAGCCAAGGUCUGGCUCCAUGAAUGCUAGCAACCAGACUGAGGUUGAAUUUUCUUCUGUAAAGGAUGAAUUUGCAAUUGCAGAUGAAAUAGCAGGGCAAAAUGCAGCAGCUCAAAUGGGGACUGGAAGUUAUUAUAGCCAUAGCCAGAGUUUUUAUGGUCAGCACAUGGCCCCAAAUCCUAAACCAACAAAUAAAUUUUUCCAGUGCAAAUUCUGUGUGCGAUACUUCAGAUCCAAAAACCUGCUCAUAGAGCAUACCCGAAAGGUCCAUGGAGCACAAGCUGGAGGGAGCUCGGUGGGGCUGCCUGCUGCCGGAUCAUUAAAUUACAACAUCAUGAUGCACGAGGGGUUUGGCAAAGUUUUCUCUUGCCAGUUCUGCACUUACAAAUCGCCAAGACGAGCAAGGAUUAUUAAACACCAGAAAAUGUAUCACAAAAACAACCUGAAGGAGAGCUCAACUCCUCCUGCUGCUGCAGCUGCUAUAUCUGAAUCUGGGUCUGCCUCUAUGCCAGUGCAGGAGCCCUGCAAGGAGUUGCCUGCUGAGGUGGUAGAGCGUAGCAUUUUGGAGUCCAUGGUCAAGCCCUUGACAAAAUCCAGGGGCAACUUCUGCUGCGAAUGGUGUAGCUAUCAGACACCUCGAAGGGAGCGCUGGUGUGACCACAUGAUGAAGAAACAUCGGAGCAUGGUGAAAAUAUUGUCGAGCCUGCGUCAGCAGCAGGAUGGUACUAGUCUGCCUGAUAUGCAGAAUAAGAAUGCACAGAACCCCUCCCCAAACUCCAAUUACAUCUCUAUGAAUGCUGUAGGACGUGAGAUGUCAAAUGCUAAUGUUUCAAACUUCAGAAGCUCUAUGAGCAAUUCCCUUAUCAGAUCCAAUUCUUCUACAUCCUCCAAGUUCCCUUCUGUGUCUUAUCCUCAAAUGAAGCCUAAGUCACCUCAUAACUCUGGCAUGGUUAAUUUGUCCGACAGAUCCCGCUAUGGCAUUGCUGACAUGACAAAUUCUUCUGCUGACCUGGAAACGAACAGUAUGCUAAAUGACUCUAGCUCGGAUGAAGACCUAAAUGAAAUGGACAGUGAAAAUGGCUUGAAUGCCUUGGAUCACCAGACCUCAGGAAUGUCUGCAGAGCAACUGAUGGGAUCUGAUGGCAACAAAUUAUUAGAAACCAAGGGGAUUCCCUUUAGAAGAUACAUGAACAGGUUCCAGUGUCCUUUUUGCCCUUUCCUCACCAUGCACCGCCGAAGUAUUUCCCGCCAUAUUGAAAACAUCCACCUGUCUGGGAAAACUGCUGUAUACAAAUGCGAUGAAUGUCCUUUCACUUGUAAAAGUUCAUUAAAACUUGGAGCUCAUAAACAGUGUCACACAGGUACAACGUCAGACUGGGAUGCUGUGAAUUCUCAAAGUGAAAGCAUAGCUUCCUCUCUGAAUGAGAGCACUGUGUCUUAUGACAGUGGAAAUAUAAAUGGCAGGAAGUCAGGAGGCAUAAUGGAACCUGUGCAGCAACAGCAGCAGCAACAGCAGCAGCAGCAACAGCAGUCACCACAACCCCAUUCACAGCACCCCUACAAAUGUACAAUGUGCAACUAUUCCACAACUACUUUGAAAGGCCUCAGAGUUCAUCAGCAACACAAGCAUUCAUUUUGUGACAACCUGCCAAAAUAUGAUGGACCGUCAUCCAACGCACCACAAGAGAGUGAGGGGGAUGCUCACACCUCUUCCAGCACUGUGAAGAAAAGCCAGACCUCCAUUCUGGGUUUGUCAUCUAAAAAUAACUUUGUGGCUAAGGCCCCUCGAAAGGUGUCAAAUGACUUUCCCUUGGAUCUAUCACCAGUGAAAAAGAGAACUAGAAUUGAUGAAAUAGCAAGCAACUUGCAGAGCAAAAUCAACCAAAACAAACAGCAAGAAGAUGCUGUGAUUAAUGUAGAGGAUGAUGAAGAGGAGGAAGAAGACAAUGAAGUGGAGAUAGAGGUAGAAUUGGAUAGGGAAGAAGAACAAGCAGAGCCAAUGAUGGAGGUAUCCAAUUCAUAUGCACCCCAGCAAAUGUGGGGAAGAGAUGCCAAUGAUUCUCAGAAGGAGGCUAACUUCAGAAACAUGCAGCAUGAUUAUAAUUCCACCAAUGGGGCAGAAAUUGAGCUCACAUUAUCAGAGGAUGAGGAAGAUUAUUAUUCUUCUGUCAGCUUGAAAGAUCAGCAGGGCCCUAAUGCUUCUGUUCUGGGUAGCCAGUCAAGUCUCUAUGGAUCUGAACAAAACAAUGAAAAUGCAGAGUUUAAUGACUCUGGGAGGCUUUAUUAUUGCAAACACUGUGAUUUCAGUAACAAAUCUGCCAGGAGUGUUAGCACCCACUACCAGCGGAUGCACCCAUACAUUAAAUUCAGCUUUAGAUAUAUUUUGGAUCCUAAUGAUCACAGUGCAGUGUACAGAUGCCUUGAAUGUUACAUUGACUAUACAAACUUUGAAGACCUACAGCAGCAUUAUGGUGAGCAUCACCCUGAAGCUAUGAAUGUACUCAACUUCGAUCAUUCUGACCUGAUCUAUCGCUGUCGCUUCUGCUCUUACACUAGCCCGAAUGUGCGAAGCCUGAUGCCCCAUUACCAAAGAAUGCACCCAACAGUUAAAAUUAAUAAUGCAAUGAUCUUCUCAAGUUAUGUAGUUGAGCAGCAAGAGGGGGUAAAUACAGAAUCACAAACACUGAGAGAGAUCUUGAAUUCUGCUCCCAAAACCAUGGCAACAUCAACCCCUGUGGCCCGUGCAGCUAGUGUGCCUAGUACUUUUAACAAAAAUGCUACCAAAAGUUUUAGUCCAGAAAGUGAAAAUCAGAAGGAGCCUUCAGUAAAUACUGUUGUAGUUUAUGACUGUGAUGUGUGUUCAUUUGCAAGCCCUAACAUGCAUUCAGUUCUGGUUCAUUACCAGAAAAAACACCCUGAAGAAAAGGCAUCGUACUUCAGGAUUCAGAAGACCAUGCGCAUGGUGUCCGUUGACCGGGGCUCUGCCCUGGCUCAAAUGUCAUUUGAGAUGGGAACCUCUGUGUCUCCAAAACUGUCCAGCCUGGCUUCUCAACCUCCACCUCCCCCACCACCACCACCAGACCUUGCCACUGAACUCUACUACUGCAAACACUGUUCGUACAGCAACCGAUCGGUUGUGGGAGUGCUUGUCCACUACCAGAAAAGGCAUCCAGAAAUAAAGGUCACUGCAAAAUAUAUUAGGCAGGCACCCCCUACUGCAGCAAUGAUGAGGGCUGGUGAGAUGCCACCUGGUAUUCAGAGACCACCAAUGUCUAUGCAACAGCUGAAUAGGGGCAGCUCUGAGAGUGCUGUGACUCCCCCCGAGAAUGAAAUGUUCUUUUGCCAGCACUGUGAUUAUGGAAACCGGACCGUUAAGGGCGUGCUCAUUCAUUAUCAAAAGAAGCAUCGUGACUUCAAAGCUAAUGCAGAUGUGAUUAGACAGCACACAGCCACUAUUAGAAGCCUCUGUGACCGUGGCCAGAAAAAAUUGGCCAGCAGCCUCCCUGCUCCCACCUCCAGUACUGACCGGGACAAGGCUAAGCUACGAGCUCUCAAAUGCAGGCAGUGCUCCUAUACAUCCCCUUAUUUUUAUGCCUUGAGAAAGCAUAUAAAAAAAGACCAUCCAACCCUGAAGGCCACUGUCACAUCCAUUUUGCGAUGGGCAUUUCUGGAUGGCUUAAUAGAAGCUGGUUAUCACUGUGAAUGGUGUAUUUAUUCGCAUACUGAGCCCAGUGGUUUGCUUGUGCAUUACCAAAGGAGACAUCCUGAGCAUUAUGUUGACUACACAUACAUGGCAACUAAACUCUGGGCAGGUCCAGAUCCUUCCCCUCCAGCUCUAGUGCUGCCAUCAGAGACAAAAACGUAUAAAUGCCGUGACUGUGUUUUUGAAGCAUCUUCCAUUUGGGAUAUUACUAAUCACUACCAGGCUUUUCAUCCUUGGGCCAUGAAUGGUGAUGAAUCUGUGCUGUUGGAUAUCAUAAAGGAGAAAGAUGCUGCUGAGAAAGCUGGCAUGCAGCCUGAUGAACUUGGGGCUAGGAUUAAUUCUGAAGACCAGAUAACAGCAUCACAGAUGGAGCAGGAUGCAGAGUGCACUGAGGACUCGGGUCUUUCCCAGGAAAAAACAGUCCAGCUGGCCUCUGCAAACCCUGCAAUCUCCUCCACGCCGUAUCAGUGCACAGUAUGCCAAUCUGAAUAUAAUAACCUACAUGGACUUUUGACACAUUAUGGCAAAAAGCAUCCUGGAAUGAAAGUGAAAGCUGCAGAUUUUGCACAGGACAUAGAUAUUAACCCAGGGGCUGUGUACAAGUGCAGGCAUUGUCCAUAUAUUAACACGCGCAUUCACGGUGUCCUUACACACUACCAGAAACGGCAUCCGUCAAUAAAGGUCACCGCUGAAGAUUUUGUACACGAUGUAGAGCAGUCUAAUGACAUAGCUCAGAAUGAUGUGGAGGAAACGAGUAGGAUUUUCAAGCAAGGUUAUGGCGCUUACAGGUGCAAAUUAUGCCCUUAUACCCACGGCACUUUGGAGAAACUUAAAAUUCACUAUGAAAAGUACCACAAUCAACCCGAAUUUGAUGUGUUUGCGCAGUCACCACCAAAGGUGUCUGCCUCUGUGGAGCCAGAGAUUGCUCCUGAAAUCAAGGCUUCUCCAGAAAUUGCUCCUGAGGACAUUGGAGAGAUCACAGUGCCAGCUCCUCAUUUUUCCAGUUCUCAUUUAGUGUCUCAUACAGUGUUCCGAUGCCAGCUUUGCAAGUAUUUCUGCUCCACCAGGAAAGGGAUAGCUAGACACUACCGCAUCAAACACAACAAUGUCCGGGCACAGCCAGAAGGCAAAAACAAUCUCUUCAAAUGUGCUUUGUGUUCCUACACCAAUCCCAUCCGCAAAGGGCUUGCAGCACACUACCAGAAACGGCAUGACAUUGAUGCUUACUAUACCCAUUGCUUAGCAGCCUCCAGGACAAUUAGUGACAAGCCCAACAAAGUAAUUAUUCCAUCUCCUCCCAAAGAUGAUGCUCCUCAAUUAAGUGAGGAGCUGAGGAGGGCUGUGGAGAAGAAGAAGUGCUCACUUUGCUCCUUCCAAUCUUUUAGCAAAAAAGGUAUCGUCUCCCACUACAUGAAGCGUCACCCUGGUGUUUUCCCUAAAAAGCAGCAUGCAAGCAAGCUGGGGGGUUACUUCACUGCUGUGUAUGCUGAUGAGCAUGAAAAGCCAGCCCCGCUAGAGGAGAGAAAUGACUUUGAAAAGCCUGAGGUGGAGAACGAGGCUCAGGAAAUAGAGUGGCUUCCCUUCAGAUGCAUUAAAUGUUUCAAACUGUCUUUUAGCACAGCAGAGCUGCUGUGCAUGCAUUACACUGACCACCACAGCAAGGACCUGAAGAGAGACUUUACCAUCCUGGGAAGUGGUACCCGCUCUCAGAAUUCUCUCUACCAGUGCAAGCACUGUGACAGUAAAUUGCAUAGCAUGGCAGAUCUGACCUCACACUUGAAUAGUCACAAUGAGGAAUUCCAGAAGCGUGCCAAACGUCAGGAAAGGAGGAAACAGCUUUUGAGCAAGCAGAAAUAUGCAGAUGGUGCUUUUGCAGAUUUCAAACAAGAGAGGACUUUUGGUCACUUGGAAGAUAUGUCAAAACUUAAGGAGAGGAAAGUUGUUGGAUAUAAAUGUAAAUUUUGUGUGGAGGUUCAUCCGACCCUUCGAGCCAUCUGUAAUCAUCUUCGCAAGCAUGUUCAGUACGGGAAUGUCUCUUCAGUGUCAGCUACAGUAAAGCAGGAAGCUGAAGAUUCUUCAAACACAACUUUGGAGGGUUUUGAGGGCGUCAAAGACCCUGGCAUUAUGGAAUUUACAGAAGCUGAAUCUGGAGCAUCCUUGGAAGAUGAAACCAGGCCUGGGGGCUACCACUGCAGCCAGUGUGACCGGGUUUUGAUGUCUAUGCAGGGUCUGCGAUCUCACGAGAGGAGUCACUUGGCUCUGGCCAUGUUUACCCGGGAAGACAAGUACAGCUGCCAGUAUUGCUCCUUUGUCUCUGCUUUCAGGCACAAUUUGGAUCGCCAUAUGCAGACUCACCAUGGACACCAUAAACCAUUCCGUUGCAAACUCUGCCCAUUCAAGUCCUCUUAUAAUAGCCGCCUGAAAACUCAUAUACUCAAAGCUCAUGCUGGUGAACAUGCCUACAAAUGUUCCUCCUGCUCAUUUUCCACCAUGACAAUCAGCCAGCUGAAAGAGCACUCCUUGAAAGUGCAUGGGAAAGCACUGACACUACCAAGACCCCGCCUUGUCAACCUUGCAGCCUCACACGCCCAACACACCUCCAAGAACCACACUCCUGCUGAAGAAGUGGAGGACUCUAAUGAUUCUUCAUACUCAGAACCUCCUGAUGUUCAGCAGCAGUUGAACCACUACCAGUCAGCAGCUCUGGCCAGGAACAACAACAACAUUAGCCCUGUACCACUUUCAGGGACUGGGGAGAAAACAGAAGCCAUCCUUAACUGUGAAUUUUGUGAAUUCUCCUCGGGUUACAUUCAAAGCAUUAGGCGUCAUUACCGUGACAAACAUGGAGGGAAGAAGCUCUUCAAGUGCAAAGAUUGUUCCUUUUAUACAGGCUUUAAAUCUGCUUUUACUAUGCACGUGGAAGCUGGGCAUUCAGCAGUUCCUGAGGAAGGACCCAAAGACCUCCGCUGUCCUCUCUGCCUCUACCACACCAAAUACAAACGUAACAUGAUUGACCACAUAGUUCUGCACAGAGAAGAGCGAGUUGUUCCCAUCGAAGUCUGCCGUUCCAAACUGUCAAAAUACUUGCAGGGAGUCGUUUUCCGCUGUGAUAAGUGUACCUUCACCUGUUCCAGCGAUGAGAGCUUGCAGCAGCAUAUAGAGAAGCACAAUGAACUGAAACCUUACAAAUGCCAACUCUGUUACUAUGAGACCAAACACACAGAGGAGCUGGAUGCUCACCUUCGAGAUGAGCACAAAGUGAGUCGUAAUUUUGAGCUGGUUGGACGGGUUAACUUGGAUCAGCUGGAACAAAUGAAGGGGAAAACAGAGAGCUCCAGCAGUGAUGAGGAAGAGAAGGAAGAGGAGAUGAGCCCCAAAACUGAAGAUAGAGAUUCUCUGAUGUUUUCAGACAACGGAGCUCCUGAGAAGCGUUUUCCAUGCGAGUUUUGUGGCCGAUCAUUUACAGAGGGAUCUGAGUGGGAACGACAUGUACUGAGGCAUGGCAUGGCUCUGAAUGAAAGUAAGCGAGGGACCAGUGAGGACCAGCCAAAGGAGAAUGCCGAGGAAGCUGUUAAGGUACUGCCUGUGGAAGAAAAGAAAGGCAGCGAGCAAAUAAUGUUAGACUUUUCCCACAAGAAUGAAACUUCAGUCAGUGUUGCAGCCACCGACAAACCUCUCCAAGAGAACUCAGAGGCCAAAAAUGAAUAAGCAUUUUGGUGUGGUUUUAAUCAAAUUACUUGAACAUUGAUGAAUGGGGUGGGGUGGGUGGGGUGGGCAGAAGGACAAAAUAAAGCUGCUUUUAGGACUGAAUGAUCUAUUUUCAAAGCACUGGUACCUGUGUGAGUGUGUGUAUAUUAAAGUUAUUUAAAUGAUGGAAUAAGUGGCUCCAUUACAUCACUGCAUCUUUUCUUCUGGAUCAUGACAAUGGGAAGUUACAUUCAUCCUUGGACUAAUGAAGCAACUCCCCAUAUAUCUCUACAUUUACACAACGUGCUUUGCAAUGGAGACUUGGAUUGUUUGAGAAUGGAAGCGUCGCACGCGUGGAAGAAAGGGGGGGACGACUUUUCGACGCACAAAUUUCGGUGCGUUUUUCUAGUUUUAAUACAUUACGCUUUUCCAGACUGAAUGCAACUGCUUUAGAAAAGAAAAAAAAACUGCUUUGCUUAAAACAGUCACCUGUUUCCUAGUACCUCAAAAUUAACCAAGGGAAAUCUCUGCAUUUGUCAGUACUACCUGUUGUCAUUGUGGUUAAAUGUAGAGAGACUGCUGGGUAAGAUGGUGAAUGGAGGAUGAAAAAAGUUUUAAAGAAAGGAAAACAAAUUGUGCUUAAAAUCCCAGUGUGGGUUUUAUUUCUUAAAAUACUGUGAUUUUUUUAAUUAUUUUAGUAAAAAAAAAAACAAAAAAAAAGAAAGAGACUUUAAUUCCUAGAUAACUGUUUGUGAAUUGUCAUCCUUUAUUCCAGGUAAGCUGUUUGUUAGUAUUCAACUAUAAUUUUAGGAUUUGAUAGAUUUCAUGUGACUGAUUGUGCGGUUUUGUUUGCCACAUGUUUAUUUUCUAUCAGCCUGAGGUGUUACAAAUACAGCACAAUUAAGUUUGUCAUGUAAAAUGAUUUUUUUUGGAGGGGGGGUGCGGGCAGGGAAAGGAGAUUAGUUCUUGUGAAUAGAACUUUUUUUUAAAUUAAACACGGAAAUAACAAAGAUGUUUUAACUUUUUUUUCCUCAAAUUUAAACUAAAGAACCAAACUUAUGGCACAGCUAUGCAGCUUGCGGACCAAACACUUGGGUCCUCAUAACCAUUCUGUUGCUUGUCAUAUUAACAUCUAUCAGUCUCACACCAGUAACUUUUUUUUGUUAAGAUUGGCUGCCUUUUUGUACGUGGAGUGUGUGUUUCUUUUUUGUUUUGGUGCAGUGGGAGGGAGAGGUGUCUGUUAACACAUCAUUUUGCAAGCGGAGGUGAGAUAGUUUCAUACUACAUGGAGCCUGGAGAACUACUCUUACCUGAUUCAAGAUGGGAGUUGCUAUUUUUUCCCUCCUCCUUAGCUUUUGGCAUGAGGAGAGCAGCGUAGACUAAAUAGGAAUCUACACGCCUUGGGACUGAUCCUGCACUUUUCCUUGGGUGAAAGUUCUGCUGAAGCCAAUGGAAGUUUUUGCCUGAGCAAGGAAUACAGGAUCCAGGCCCGUGGUAUGUUCUGAUCGAGAACAAAAAGAGUUUCUUUCCAAAAAAGUAGAAAGUACUUGACUGAAACCUAGUUUUAGAAAAUGCAUGUGUCUUUGUUUGUUUUUUUGUUUUGUUUUUUUGGGGGGAAUAUAUCGGGUGGGGAGGGAAAAGACAGGAAGCUGCUGAGAAGACAGUGUCCCACAGAGCUUCACAUAAAAAUCAAUGGCAAAAAUGUUGCAUUUGUGGAAUAAGUGCUACUUGAGAAGCAUGGUGUUUUUUGCUUUUAAGGAUUCAUCCUUUGUGGGUUUGGGGGUUUUUGUUUUUUGGGUUUUUUUCGGAGGUGGGAGGGAGCAUCAUGUGGAAAACGCAUCGGAGGGACAAGUAUAAACACACAUUUUGUGUCUGUAUUUGUUUUUUAAUUGGCCUCAUUUCAAAUGUAUUUAAACAGUUCCAUACCUGGAUUGGGUGUUUGUAAUGGUUACCAAAAAUGAAAAAGAAAAAAAAAAUGAAAUAAAUGAUUGUGACAUGCUUUUAUCACUACUUUAUUUUUCAAAUAACAUGUAAAUAUUGUAAUCCAUUGGAUUUUGUUUUGCUAACCUGUUAAUAAAAAUAUGGGACCAUUAUCCUUUUAACAAGCCUAAAAUGUCAUAUUUUUUUCCUUUUUUUUCUUUUCCCCAAAAUGUAUACCUGAUAUAUUGUGGACACACAUUUUAGAAGCAUUAUUAUGAAUUAUGUUGACUGUAAUGAUGACAUAGAAUUGAAAAUAACAUUUUUUUCAUUGUUUAAUUUAUACAGAGGACUUUUUCAGAGUUUGACAAAAGGAAAUAAAUAGCAAAAUGCUAACCCAUUGGCUCCAGCACUCAGUAUUUCCUGAUUUUUUUUCUUUAAUUACUGCUUAUUGAUGGGGUAGGAGAAGGGGAAUCCUGAAUUGUUGCACUGAUGGGUUUGGGUUUUUUGUUUUUUGGUUUUUUUUAAACAAUGAAAAUUAAUAAAAACUUUUUAAGAGUG